AUGACAACGACCACUAUCCUCGAGGCCCAGCCGCCACUCAACCUCACCCUCGGCAACGGCCAGAAGAUCUACUUCCAUGCCGACGAGUCCAUUGAUGCUGAUGAGAUACCCGUCAUUGAUAUUUCCGGCAUCUUCAGCGCCGACAUCGAUGAUCGUAAAGCCGUCGCCGAGCAGAUCCGUGAAGCGGCCCAUCGGAUAGGGUUCUUCUACAUCGUUGGCCAUGGCGUCGAGCAGCGCUACGUGGAUCAGACAUUCGCUGAGGCAAAGCGAUUUUUUGAUCUGCCCGAGAAGAGGAAGCUCGAGGUAACCACGGAUUUAGUACCGGAGGAAUUCUUCGGGUAUUUCCCGAUGUCGACUUACAAUCGUAACCACAAGAAGGAGAAGGACCUAAUGGAAGCGUAUAACUUCGGGUACAGUCCUCGAUUUGAUCCUUCCGUCGAAGCUGCCGAGGAACCAGACACACCGGCUACGAAAUUGCUCUGGCCAAAGGAUCUGCCUGACUGGAAGGAGCGACUUUACGAGCAUCAUUCGCAACUGCUUACUUUGGCACGAAAGAUGACAAAGGCUUUCGCCCUUGCAUUGCAUCUUGAUGAGGACUUCUUCGAUGAGUACGUCAAGACGCCCAAAGCUGCUAUGAGACUUGCCCACUACCCAACGCAAGAAGCAACGCCCGCAGACCAACUCGGCAUCGGUGCACAUACUGACUUCGAAUGUUUCACAUUCGUUACGCAGGAUGGCAAUGCGGGCCUCGAAGUGCUCAGCAAAUCCGGCUACUGGAUCAAAGCCAACCCCAUCCCAGGCAGCAUUGUAGUCAACAUUGCCGACUGUUUCAUGAGGCAGACCAACGACUACUUCGUCUCUACGGUUCAUCGAGUCGUCAACAAGACUGGUAAGGAGAGGUAUUCGUGCCCAUUUUUCUUCGGGUUCAAUCACGACAUGAAGUUGGAGCCUGUGCCGACUUGUGUGAGCGAGGAGAACCCUAUGAAGUACCCAAUAACAACCAGUGGCGAGUAUCUGAAGUGGAGAGCAGCGCAGAGUAAAGGGACGACAGAUGCAGCAAGGAUGCAGACUAAGGCGUAG